UUUAACAUAUUAAAAAAGGCUCUUUUAUUGCUCUUUUAAGGCGCUAAAUAUCUCUAAGUUCUAAUUUAUAUCCCACAUUAAUAUAGCGAAUAAAGGAUGAGCAGAGCUUAUUGUGUAACUAACAAUUGUGCAACAGCAUCCCUUCGACUCCACGACCUCAUUCAUAAAUUAGGAAAUAAUUAAUUUCUCGACAAUAAAAAUUACAGUUUAACAAGUGAAAAUUAUAUGAUUCCAUUCGAGAAAUUCGUCAUUGUUGUCACGAACGCAUCGCAGUUAAGUGGGGAGGUUCUUUAAAAACAGCAGCAGCACGUGGGUAGCUUGGUGGAUACGCUCGAAAGAAGAGUAUAUUAGAGGCCCUCCGAAGGGUGAAAGUUGCUUUAGUUAAGAAUUAAAUGGUGCAAAAGUAUCUAAACAACUCAAAAAUAUGCUAAUAAAAGUAUAGACUUUCACACAAAACGGUAGAAGGGUGCAUUUUUGUAACGUAACGAGUAGGGGAGCGGAACGACAAAGAAGCCAAAUUUAAAUGGACAAAGGCAUGGUGUGUGUGUGAGUGCGUGUGUGGAAUAGCGAGCAUGCGCGCUAGACGGGAGGAUCGUCUCGAUUCACCACACACUAGCAUUAGGCGAUCAGAAGCGGGCGGGUUACGUUCUCCGUUGGGUGACGAUGCGGUCUCUAGACACCCCCUCGUCACAUCUUUAACGAGAUGUAGAACGUUAUCGGUAUCAACACCCUCUCCACCUCAUCCAUGGCUACCUUCCCGCGGACUAGGAAUUCGCGGAGUGUGAGUCCACCCAAGAGGAAACCUAAACUGGAUGCUGCGGCUCUUCCUUUUCGGAGAAAAAGGAAAUGACGUAUGAAACCUAUCAUCGAUAGCAACUUCCGUUUAGAAAAUUGCCAUUUCUACUUUUCCUUUCGAAUAUAUAUAUAUAUAAUGGACUGACAUGUGGACGUGCUGGAGCGCCAAUCCAGAACCUCUGGAAGAAAUGGGUGAGUCGUCUCCUCAAGAAUCUUCAAAUCCACUUUCUCCAGUGGCAGAAAGACUUGCUGGAUAUGUCUCUCCGUUAAGAGUUAGGACCAUGAAAGAGUACGAUCAGCAAAUAUGUGAGUUAAAGAAAGAGAAUUUUCACUUGAAGCUAAGAAUGUAUUUUCUGGAAGAAAAAAUGGAUAAGAAAUUCGAGGGAGACAUUCUAGACUUACAUAAACUUAAUUUGCAAUUGCAAGUAGAUGCAGAAUCUCUUCGUAAAGAACUAGAGCAAAAACAUAAUUUGUUAGAAGAAGCUCUAGGAACUUUGGAGAAAUUAGAAAAUAAUCACAAACAAGAAAUUCAUUCCAUCAAAACUAAGAACAACAAUGAGAAGACUCUCUUAGAAAAAAAGAUAAAUUUAUUACAGAAGCAACUGUCAGUAAAUAAUGUUAAAUAUGGUUUAGAAGAACUGGAUAGCAGUAGAAGGGUUUCUACAUCAGAUCCGAACCCGAAUCCAGAGUUGCUCACAAGUUGGACAAAGUUUGAGUGCGACAGACUGAUCCAAAGUGAAAAGCAAGAAUUAAAAAUGGCAAUCACCACGCAAGGGCAAGAAUUACAGGCAAACAAGUUACAGUUAGAAGAGUGUACGAAGAGAGAGAGAAGCCUCGAAAAUGAAUUGAAAACUCAUAAAAUGAUGGUACAAAAUCUAACAGAAACACUUCAAAAUAAAGAUAAAAAUAUACAGCAGCUGAAAGAAGCUUUAGAAUUAAAGUCUGGAGCUAUAGAUAUGAUAAACAGCGCGGUUCAUACAGCAGUAUAUAAAGCUACUAUGGCAGCGAGAAAGGGAGAUAAAAUAGGGAUAACAGCAGCGAGAGAGGAGUUAAAAGCAGUUUUGAGGAAGAUACUGCUGCAAUGUAACGAAGAUCUAGAGGGAAUUGAUAGAUACGACAUUUCGGAACGUCUUCAAUAUUUGCAAGAGGAACUAGCAAUCAAAGACGACACUAUUAAAACUCAGCAAGAGGAAUUAGAAAAGUCAUCUGAGAAGAUUAACACUCUUCAAACAACUCUUCAAUCUUUGCAAAGUGAAGUAACUCAGAAAGCAAAGCAGUAUUGUGAAAAAGACUCCCUCAUCAAUCGUCUCCAAGCUUCGUUAAAGGAUGCCGAAUGCAGAAUAGAAAAUCUGUUAAAGGAACAAAACGAAAUCAUCACAAUAAGUAAAAAAUCACUUCAGACUUUACAGUCCAACAUCAAAGAUAAAGAUUCCAUGAUUCACGAUCUGCAAAAGAACAUCAAGAAAACUUUAGAUCAGAAAGAAUACGAGAUGGAUAAACUUCAGAAGGAAUUAAUGGACAAAGAUAGAGAUUUAGCAUUAGCAAAACAUAACAUAGAAUCACUUAACAUGGAUGUUUCUGCUAAUAAGAAAGAAUGCGAAGGUGUGAAACGCGAUCUGGAUGACUACAGAAACAAAUUAUUCAAAUUGAGUAACGAAACCAAAAAUGUUACCGAAAAUCUAGAAAUUGCAACAAGAGAACUCAAUGAAUUGAGGAAAAAUAAAGAGGAAGAAAGAAAUAAACUGACAAAAGAUUUGCAAGACAUGAAAAAAGAACUUCAUGCAAAAGAAUGUAACAUUGUCCAACUUCAGAAGUCCAUCAAGUUCAAAGAUGAAGAGUUAAAUCAGAUAGAAGACGAUUACAACAAAUUACAAAAUAAAGUAGAGAAAUUGGAAAAUUUCUUGAUGCAGAAAGAAGAGGAAGUCUUCACAUCGUUUCAGAUUAUCGACGAAAUGAGAAGAAUCAUACAAGGUUCCAUCAGCAAAGAUAAAUUGCAAGAAACUAAGAAGUUUCAAAGUUUCGAUAACCAAGAUAUAUCUCAAUCGGUUAUUUUAAAAGAUUUGAAAUUAAAAUUGGGAAAUUUACUGAAUCAAAAUUAUACGAAUUUCUCGACAGAAUAUAGUAAACAAUUGGAAGUUACAGUGGCUUCGCUUCUACAACAUGUAUACAACAGUCCUCAGAAAUUCUCUCAACCCUGUGGCAAAUUAGAAGAUAUGCAAUGUCUACUUAACACCUUUCAGAAGACUGCUGACGAGUUGAAUAAUUGCAAAUGGAAAAAGUAUGAAAGCAAAAAAGACAGUGGCUUGAAUCAAUUAUCAGAUCGUGUCAGUGAGAAUCAGCUAGGAAAUAUACCAGCAACGAACGAUAACACGGAUAAUACCAAUUAUCAAGUGGAUUGUCAAGCACCUGUAGGAUCUAUGCAGGGAUAUAACGGACGUGAAGAUAUCGAAACAGAGAUCGACAAUCGGUACAAGACAAAUAUCGAGCCGAUUUAUUAUUACAACAACGCUUUGAAAGAUUUACCUCGUAGCUAUAGCGAUUUAGCCUUGCGAAUAUCGGAUUCUCCUCCUCGACAGAGAUCAGUGGAAAGUCUACCUGCCGAAAUAGAAAUGCACUACGAAGGCUGGAGUCCUGAUUUCCUGCCACCUCCCAUUCUACCUCAAUCACCUUGUCUUUCUUCUACGGCAACUAAAGAAAAAAGCUAUAGAGAAGAAGCGCAUCUUAACAAUCUUUGGUCUCAGAGCUUAUCACACUUCGGCCAUUCUAAUGAUAUACAAGAACUGAAAGAGGAGAUCUGCGUGUUGGUCCUUAAACUUCGACAAUUAUGGGAACGGAGUGUGGAUCCUACAAGGAAAAAUGCAGAUAAACAGUAUACGAUGCACGGUAAAGAAUUGGACAUGUUGCAACAACAAUUAUGCGAAUCGGAGCAAUUAACUAGAAAUCUUCAACAACACAUGGCUGAAAUGGCCAUUUUUCUCAAGCAGCUGUUAGAAGUCGAACCGAAAUGUUUGCAAUGUGGAAACUCUGAAAGGAAUCUUGAAGAUGUCGCAGAUAUACCACAGACGUCAGAUUCUUGUUACCAAUUUAACUCUAAAGAUGUGAUACAGUCUCAAGUUUAUGAAAAUCAGAGAUAUGAAAAUAUUGAUCCACCGGAACGUUUCAUGGAAUUGUGUGAAGAAAAACGCGAUCUUCCGGAUAAAUCCCUCAACUAUAAUUACAGAGAUGAGUCUGAAUACUUGAAUAGUAUAGGAGGUGUAAAUCGCAAAUGGUGGUCGGCUUCACCUCUUCACAUCUCACAAGGCAAAUGGGCAGAGAAUGAAGUGACAAAAAUUCCAGAUAGUGACACUUGGAACGGCACAGAGCAAGUCGUAGUUUUAGAAGCUAGUGACAGCGAUGACAUAUUGCUUCUUCUGAACGACCGAGGUUUACCCAAAGACGUUUUUCUCUGCAAUAAUCUUCAACAAUCCUGGAGCAGUCAGUCUUGCUUUCCUAUUCAGAAUUCAUCUCCGUGCUUGAGUAAAGAUGUAAAUAAUAGUAAAAAGGUGGAUAACAAAUUUCAGCAAUGGGUGGACUCUCUACCAGAUAAAGGAGGAGGAGAGCAGAGGAGCCAAGGACCCGGACUUUCACAUUGGUCUUCCGAUUCUGAUAUCUGGUCGGAACCAGAUAGAGAAGUAUCCAUGCAGAGAAUUGGAGUGGACUUGGGAGCCAUUCAGUCACUAUCCGGAGAACCUAUUGGUCCAAUACUUAAAGCACCUGCCUCUCACAAAAGUCAUUUACAGCCAACACUCAAUAGGCUCGACAGUUCAGAUGAUAGUCCUCCUCCCACCAACAGGACUUCACCCUCUUCUUCCAGUAGAAGUAAUCAUCCUAGUAAAUGGAAACAGAAGCUAGAAAUCUACUUACACAAGUUAGAAGGUUUAAUUAGUACGUUGAGUUUAGAACUACAGCAUCAUCGUAACUUGAGUGGUGAAGUUGUGGCGCAACUUACUAUGCUUCCUGCUUGUGAAAAGGAUAUUGUAAAUUCUGGACUAUCCACGGUGGUGCAGGACUAUUCUCAAACUAUGACACUGUUGGAAGAGAGGAUUUUGGAACUAGUUUCGGAUAAUAAACAGCUACAGGAAAUAAUACAGAAAAAAUUAUCCGGGAAAGGAUAUAGUAGGAAGAGAACUUCGACAUCAGACAGCUCACAAAAAGUAAUGAGUCGAAAAUCCAAAAAUCUUCAAGCAAGCGUUUUAAAAUCACCAAACAAAUUCUCAUCUAAGCAAGAAGAAAGGAGUGAAACCGAAUCUAAAAUAGCAGAAUUGCAGACUAAAAUUAAAAAAUUAGAAUCAUUGUUAGAUAAAAAGAAUAAAGAAUGUGAAAGAUUGUUAAGAGCUAACGAGAUUCUGGAAGCUAAGAACAGUUACACUUGCCCCUUAGGAAGACACGAAACAGAAGACAAUCAAACUAACACAGAAUGGGAUAAGGAGGAAGUGAAGAAUCUUAAACAAGAAAUCGAAAAACAAGAACAAAGAGAAAGGCAAAUUGAAUGUUUAGUAUUGCAGAUGAAAGAGGAAUUAGAAAAGAAAGAUCAAAUGUGGCAAGGUGUACAGAAUAAAUUACUGGAAUACAAAGAUGUUAACGAGCAAUUAGAAUUGAUGUGCAAAGAAAAAGAUUGCCAAUUAGAAAACGCUUACGAAACAAUUAACAAGUUGCAAUCAGAAAAUUAUUCCAAAGAACAAGAAAUUACUAAACUGAACGAAAUUAUUGAAGAAUUGAACCAGGAAAUCGAGCAAUGCAGACAAAGAUCAGCACGACUAGAAGAACUAAAUGAUGACCAACGUUUAGAACUAGAACAAACAAAAUUAAAAGUGAAAGAAAUCGAAACAAAAUGUGCUGAACUUCAGAAAAGUCUUCAGGAAUCGAAUGCUUCAAAGUCUGAUCUUAUCAGUAAAAAUCAUUCGCUGGAAGAUCGAUUGAAUGCAACAGAAAAGAAACUAGAAUACCAAAAAGUGGAGAGGGAGAAACAGAUGAUGGAGAACGAAACGAAGGCAAAGAGAGAAAAAGCAGCAAUCCAACUGGAGAUAUCUUCUUUGGAAAAUGAAAUUAAAGGGUUAAAGUGUCAACUGGAUCACGUAUCUUCGUUACAAAUGGAACAGCAAAGUUGCAAAACUUUCAGCGAUUUCGGAAGUAGGAAGAAUAGUAUCGAACUCAGCGAGAGAACAGAAGGCGAAGGAAGAACAUCGAUAUAUUUUCCUAACGAACAAGGCCUGGAUCCAACCUCGAGCCAAGAAGAAAACACUUUGCUACUGGACUUGGUGACAGAAAUGAGACAAUUAAGAACCGAACUGAACAACAGUCUGAAAAUGAGAAAGCAAUUGCAGCAACAAAUUAAGAAUCCGGGAAAGAGUGGAAGUGAUCAAAAAUCAAAUUUGCAAGAAUCUGAUCAACAUUCGACUAUGAGUGAACUUUCCCUAGCAGGUAGUACUGGAACAUUAACAGGCAGCAGGAUAGAUAGUCCAAGUGGUGCUAGUGUAGAAUCCAGUGACAGUUUUAGUUUCCUUCCGCUUACUAAAUUACGUGAAAAGGGUUCGAGUGUAGAUAGAAAAAGCAGAAAAAAGUCACAAGAACAUCACAAAACUAUAAAAGAUGCCACGAAAAAUGAAAUGCAAGAAAGUAUGUUAGAUUUUGCAGAACGUAGACAAUCACGAACUUGUAAACUCAGUACCUCUACAGAAUCGGAAAAUUCCGAAAGAAACGUUGAAGAAACGGAAAAAUCAUCCCCCACAAACAGGAAAACAUUAAAAUUAGAACUACCGUCUCGUAGACAAGAUACCCUGUUGCUGGCACAAAAUUGUGGUAUUUUGGGUGGCGAGAUGACUCCGCAGUCUUCGGGAAGUGAGCAUUUGCAAGGGAGUUCGGUAGAUUCGCCGGUUAGUCGAGCACAAUUUUCUUCACCCGAUCUUGGAAUUGAAUCGGAUCCAAAUCGCGAGAUGUACUUCCCACCCGCCAAGGUCGAAGAAACGGAAGAGUGGAAAUCAAUAUUUCCUUCCAGAAUGUCGGUGACUUCAACACGCUCUGCACCCAUCACCGUUGCACUCGAUUAUUCUCCAGAGUGCGGUGCAGAUAAUAAUGGAAAAUCGCAUAAAGCUGUAAUUGCUCAAAAUGACUAUUCACUUCACGCUGUUGGUCGAUUAGAAGAUUACGAACUAUUAAAGAAAGUAAUGGAAGAAGCUCUCACGUGCGUUAGAGGAAUCACCUCACGUUUCAAACAAUUGUUUUCUGUAAUGCCUACCAGUCUGAUCAGGAAGCACGAAUAUACUGCUCUGAGAGAAAUGGAGAGUAAGUGUCACGAUGUCAUCAUGUGGUUGGUAAAGGGAUGGCAUCUAAUCGGUAUGUUUCAGUCGACAGCAUACAUACAAGAAAUGAGAGUGAAGAAUGUCACGCUAUCCAAAGAAAACGUCUGGUUGCAAGAGGAAUUAUUUAAUGCCAGGGAUGAAAUAUCACGUAUCACCAGGCAGCUCAGAGAUGUGACAGAUAAGCUACAGAUUGCUAAAGGAGAGAAACAGCUCAUGGAAAAUACAAUAACAUGGCAUUUAACAAAAACAUGCAGGAAGUUACAAGAAGCAAGAAGCAAUCUGAUCAGGAAAGAUAUUCUAGAAAUGCAACACUAGAAUGAAUUUUUGAGAAACGUGGAAAAUGCAUCGACAAAAGAAAUGUUCCUUUCUAUUCUGUACAUGUUGAAUAGGUGUACUUAAGUUCUGGCAUAAAUUCUUGAAGGUAAUGUGAAUUCUCUAGUGCCAAAAAAAAAAAUCAUGUUGUAAAAUUUAUUAUUGAGAUGUAUAGCAGUAGUAACAUAACAUCGGUGUUGUGAUGUGCCAAAGCGUGUAUUAGUGUUUAAGUUAACACAUACAUACACAUACACCAUCCAUAUUAGUGCCAAACAUGUUUUUGCUCACUCGCCAAUAAAUCACACGAGAACACAGCACAGAAUUAAAUACUUGCCAUUUGGAGUUUCCAAAUAGGUGGCCGAUGAGAUGGUAUGGUAUCUUUAGUUUACAUACGAUAGAAUAACUGAUGAUUAAAACAAUCGAUCUAGUCAUUUCUAUAGCAUUUAGAUAUUGCAACUGCUAUACGAUAUAUAUAAAAUUAAAACACACUUUUUUUAUAUACAUAAUGAAUGUGAAUAAAUGUAACUAUGUGUAAAAUUUGUAACAGCAAAAGGAUAUUCGGUUCCCUACUCCUCUACUAAGCUUCACUUUGAUCAUUCUGCAUUUUAUAUUAAUACAAACGAAUAAUGGUAUCCAAAUUCCAAUAAUUACUUUGAAAUUUUAUUGUGUCGUUGAUUAAAUAAUAAUCUCAAAUUCCUAAAACAGUGACCUUCCAAACCUUGUAUAAACAUGAACUAUACACCCUUUUUGGAUACCAGGGCUUCUUCAAUAAACACCAAGAUUUUUUAUAACCUGAGGGACCACCGCAAUAAAUUCAUUGCUAUCAUUCAUACAUACCAUCUAUAUGCGAAGCAAUGAGAAAUUAACACACUAAUAUAGUUUAAAAUUAACAUAUUGCUUAUGUGAUUUGUACAGAGUCAAAAUGUAUAAAAAUAUUUUAUACUUUAGGUUCAAAUAUUCAGGAAAAUUUAAUUGAUAUGACAAAAUUUUGCUAAAUUCAUAUAAUUUUAGUCUACAGAAGUCUGUAAGAGUACUUAGUUUAGGAGUCCAAAAUACAUAUUUCAAUUAAAAACAUUUAAUCCAUUUCUAAGCUGAAGACUACCAGAAUAAAGGCCAAAAAUAUUUUAUAAUUGAAGAAAUAUGCUUUUAGUUUCCUUAACAGUUUAAUACUGGUAUAAUGCCAAAGUUUUGCCCAAACAUUUUCAUGAAAUUAUUCUAAAAAUGGACAAAAUUUGGCAUGGUACUGACCAAACUGCUUAGGUAAGGAAAAUACAUUUCUUCAAUUUCAUUUUGGUCAUUAUUCUAGCAAUUCCAGCUUAAAAAUGAUUAAAUGACAUAGUUUAACUAGAAUCAUUUUGGCCAUUGUUCUAAUAUUGUACCAAAUUUUGUCUAUUUCUAGAAGGCUUAAAUAUUAAAUUUAUCCAUAAAUUGGAAUAGCUACUAAAUUUUGAAGAUUAAGGUGCUUCAUCCUGGUUCAAUUUCAAUACUGAGAAAGACAAGGUCCUUUCUUCUCACUGCAUUUAUCGAGCUUCACAUCAAACAACCAAUUGAAUAUAUGUGCAUUCCUCUAAAGUUUGUGUUCAAAUGUCCUUAAAUAUUACAAGUACAUAGUUCUCAUCUUUAAAAAAAAUAAAAUAUAUAAAACAUACAAUCAAAUAUGUAUAUGUAGAACAACACAUUUUAUACAUUUUUUUUAAAUGCAUUUAAACUUACUCAUUUAAGCACAAACAAGAUAUAUGCAUUUUUAGGGAAUUCAUAUUUAUGAUUUUAAUCAAUAUUCAAGCGUAAAAUCGCGAUGCUCAUUUCAGGAAU